AUGAAAAUGGGAUUUCAUCCGUUCCUUUCACUCGAAAUCUCGAGUAGCUAUACCAUAUUGCUAUUUACCAUAGUUGUUACAUUUCUCGCUCUCCCAGUCGGACUCGUUAUCUGGUCAGCCCAGACCCUAGCCGCCAACCGUGCCAAAGCCCGCGCAACAGGUCUUGCCUACCUCAUUCGCUAUGUAUCACCCAUGAACCCCAUCUGGCUUCUCUAUGGUAGUUCUAUUGUGCGACUCUGUCAACGACUUGGAAUUGCAUCCGAGAACUUCACACGCAUCUAUUCUCACGGCUGGGAAGCCAAUGAACGAGCCCAAAUCUUCGUUGAUUACGGCGAUGCAUUUCUGGCUGUUCAUCCUGCGGGUAUACAACUCUGUGUUGCGGAUGCUAAAAUCAUCUACGAUAUUCUGACGAGGAAAUCGGACUUCGGGGGGAAUAUGGAGGAGAUGGCUGUUUUGGAUGUUUAUGGAUGGAAUUUGUCGACGGCGGAUGAUGCAGAAUGGCAAGCUCAUCGGAAGAUGACGACGGUGACUUUUACGGAAAAGAAUAAUGAGCUGGUUUGGGAACAGUCAUUAGCUCAGGCGAAGGGAAUGUUGAAGUUUUGGACUGAACAGGCGAAUCAACCCAUUCGAUCGACACAUUUGGAUACUAAGAACUUUACGCUCAAUGUUCUUGCAGCUGCGAUGUUCAACGAAGUGUAUCCAUUUGAAGGCCAUGAGGUUGAGAAGCUAGAUUCUCAUAAGAACAAUAAGUCAUAUCAGUAUCGAGAAUCUCUAUCCACGAUUUUGUCAUCCAUCAUCCAAAUUUUCAUUUUUGUAGAACAAAGUCUACAAGCCUGGUGGACACCUCAUUCAUUUAAAAAUGCAGCCAGAGCGAUAAAUGACUUCCGCUCCUAUAUUUUCGGUUUGAUGGAUAAAGAGAAAGAGCAUCUUGCACGUGGAGAAUGUGUGAACAAGCACCUAGUAGCGCGUCUAGUGAAGGCUCGCGAGGAGGGCAAAGAACUGGAUGCAGAUGAUGCGAUCACGGACAAAACUUGGGACAAAGGACGAAAGAUGACACUCACGAAAAAAGAGAUCUCUUCGUCUACGCUUUUGCUGUAUUGUCUACCCACAGAGGCGAGUGUGGAGUCCUGGAACUAUGAAACAUACUUCCAAUUGAAGCGCUGUAGAGCAGUUAUCUUCGAAACCCUCCGUAUUUGUCACCCCAUAUCUCAACUCGUAAAAACCACUGGAUCACACGAACAAACUCUCGAAAUAGAUGGUCAAGCUUAUGUCCUCCCACCGCAUACCACCGUUCACUGUUCUAUACCCGCUCUCCACGCGCAUCCAAAAUAUUGGGGUUCCGAUCCUCUUGCGUGGAACCCUAGCCGGUUUAUCAGCAUGUCUUCUACAUCCACUCUCGCCGAAAAUCUUAGCACGCAAGAUUUUGACAAGGAAAAGGUUGAAGGGGAUACUUCGGAUCAUUUCAUGCCCUUUGCAUGGGGUCAACGAGUAUGUCCUGGUAAGAAAUUUGGGCAGGUAGAAAUUGUUGCUGUAUUAGCUGCAUUGUUCAAAGACUGGAGAGUUGAGGUUGUCCCGAAGGAUGGCGAAACAGGCGAGCAGGCAAGAAAGAGGCAUGGAAGAGUAGUUUAGUGGUUGAUUAUGAGAGACAUAUGUUACAUGAAAUUCUUGAUCCAGAGAGUGUGGGAUUGAGAUGGACUAGGAAAUAACGAGGACACUAGUCUAGCUUAUUCUUGAGAUUUGAUGCGAAGAUGGCUGUGGUUUACAA